ACACGUGUUUUGUGCGCUCUCGUUCAAUUUCCAUUAUUAACUGUUGUAUUUUGAAUGGAGCAGUUGUAAAUAGUUGUGUGCAUGAACUGUUUGCACUGUUGAACUUGUUAAAGUUGUUUACCUCGGUUAAUAUUGUGUGUUUGGUAAUUCUGUGAGGAUUUUUGGGUGUUAAGUGAAAGUGAGGUUAGGUAUCAACAAUGUCAUUGACUGUUGGUAAGACCUUCCCAGGAUGCAGAAAAAGAGUUAUAAGAGAAUCGACACCGUGCCCGGGCUGUGGUACCCUGUAUCAUCCGGCUUGUGCAGCUCAAACUGCAGUUCUUGAUGACGAUUCCUUCACAAAGUGUUGCAGACCACGCUCUCCCUCUCCUAUUGCUGACUUACAAUUGCAAUCUACUUCUGCUGGCUCGAAUGUGUCUGCUGACUAUACUUUAACACCAAUGGAUAUAAAAAAUAUUGUUACUAAUAUGACUGCUGCUCUUAGUCCGCAAUUAUCAUUAUUAUCAAAUAAAUUAGAUGGUGUAACCUCAAAACUGGAGGGUGCUAUUACUAGAAUUACUAUUAAUGAAACAAGGGUCGAGGAUUUAACUGACAGAGUCAACAGCAUAGAAGAACCAGCAAAGGUUGAGACCACUGCGGAUUGUCUGUCAAUCGGAAGCACAUGCCAAUCUUCUGUUUCAAGCAUUUGUUGCAGCAAAGAAAAUGACAGACUCUCCAUUGGAGAUAGAGAAUCUCUGGAUUCGGCGAGACAAGACACAACAGCAACUAGAGGAACUGAAAGUAUUGAAGGAGCAAUUAGAAAAUCGACGCAAAAAUGGAGAACAAAACCUGAGGAUUGUUUAUCGGAACGAGAUUCCGACCAUAACAACAGUGAUGACAACAAAUGUUCACAACCAGCAUACGAGCACCGAUACUUAAACAUAACCACUCCAAGUUCAUGUGAGCAAGAUGCGCGCGCAACCGGUACUUCUCUCCAUCUACCAUCUGAUCUCUCAAUCUACUAUCAAAACGUCAGGGGCGUAAGAACCAAACUUACACAGUUAACACAAUGUAUUCCUUUCAUUGAUUAUGAUAUUAUUGUUUUUACUGAGACGUGGUUAAAUGAAAGUUUUAAUACAAAGGAACUCGGUUUUCAGAAUUAUAAUGUUUUUCGCUCAGAUAGAUGUUUAAAUUCUAGUGAUAGUUUGCGUGGAGGGGGGGUGUUGAUUGCUACUUCGUGUGUAUUACGUGCUUCAAUUAUCUCAACUACGAUCACAAAUAUAGAGCAUAUUUUUAUAAACAUAUGAUUAUGAUGCUGCAGCCUAGCACUAUU